AUGCGACCAUGUAAUUAUGCGGACGCACACACGUACUACAUACGCCACACACAGGACCUCUCGGAUGUGGAACGAGCCCUUGCGACCUGCGUGGCGCCCGCGCCGCCGCCACCGCCGCCUCCCCCGCCGCCGGCAGUGGUCGCUGAUGGGGACAACGGCAGCAACGAGGCCAAGGCAUCAGCGCUGGAGACAGGGGUUGAAGGCGGUGGAUCAGAUGAACAUCAAGCAGCGGCGGCGGCGGAGGCGGAGGCGUUGUCGGCGGGGGGGAAUGAAACGGCGGGAGUAAGCGGCAGCGAUGAUGCCUUGCAAGGCGGCCUUACCGCCGACACAACUUCGUCUCCGCCGCCGCCUGGUGGUGAUCCCCACGCGGCCGUCGACGCCCAGGGCGGGAGCGCCGACUACAUGGAUUUCGUGAGGCUCCGGGGCCUGGUCUCCAAGAAGGCGGCGGCGGCGUGCUUCAGGUCCAGGACGUUCCUGAGGUUUCCCAGGGACAUCCGGGCGCGCAUCUCCUCGCGCGUGUUCUUCAAGCACGUGUACGAGUCGGUCACGCUGCAGAAGACCAGGCUGACGCUGCACUUUUACGACUCGGAGGGCUUGGGCUUCCUUCGGGAGCAAGACCUGGAGAACUACGUGUACGAUCACAUACCCACCAUGCCCGCCCUGCGCGCCAUCCACGACAACUUCUACCCCUUUUACGUCUUCACGGCCGUGCGGCGCUUCAUGUUCUUCCUCGACCCAAAGCGCACCGGUGUGUCUCGUGCGUGGGCAUGCUCCCCCAUCGACUCAGAUUUGGCAGAUUUCGCUGACAUGGACAUGUUAGAGCGACGAGCAUGUGUACCUGUUUUCGUCUCGAAAGAAAGACGAAUUAGUCGCAAAGAACGGGCAGGCAAGAUCUCCAUCGACACCCUCGUGCGCAGCCGCGUCAUGGAGGAGUUCCUGCAGGUCAGGAUGGCGCCAGGGGAGCAGGGGGAACCAGGAUCUGCAGCAGCAGCAGCAGCAACAGGAGCAGCAUCAGAGAACGGCGGCACCAAAAAAGAAGACGCCGGAGCCGAAGGGGGAGGAGGAGGAGGGGUAGGGGGGACGGCGGAUGGCAGCGAAGGCGGUGGUGGUAGUAGUACUGCUGCUGUUGGCGGUGUGGGCUCAACACUGUCCAGGGAGGGGGCUCCGCAGGGUGAGGGGGGCCGCGACGACACGGGGAAUCACAGCCCGCUGCAGGACUUGAGCAAGAAUUGGUUUUCGGCGGAGAGCACCUUGAGGGUCUACGGCGAGGUGGGUGGGUGGGUGGGUGGGGUGGGGGGGGGGGNAGCCUUUGAGUAUCUCGAGCUAGAUGAGGACCAGAACGGGAUGUUGUCCAAGCAAGAGCUCGUCAACUUCGGAAGGACAGAGGCAGACAGGGGCAAAGGAGAGUAUAAACGGGAGAGAGCGGGGGGCGCCGUGGUAUCACCGUCAUCGCCGGUCUCUCCCCCCCUGCCGUCAUCACCGCCGCCGGCGACGGCGGCGGCGACGCCGUCGUGCUCAAUCGCCUGCCCCGUUCCCCGCACCUCCGCGGCGGCGGUCGCCUCCCGGGGCGGCGGCGGCGGCGGCGGCAGCGGCCUGCUGCCGCUGUCGCCGACCAACGGGGGGGUGCGCACACUGUCCCCGACGAGGCCAGUGUCCCCGGGAAUUGGCGGGGGCCCUACCACCGCUGUGGGUAGCAGCAGCCCCCCGUGCUCUUCGUCGUUUCCCGGUGUCGCCGGCGGUGGCGGUGGCGGUGGCGGUGGCGGUGGUGGCAAAGCCUCUCCUGCUGGUGGUGGCGCGGGGAAGGCGGCGGGGGCGGGGGGGAGGGCGGCGGGGGAGGCGCAGAUGGACUAUAAGACUUUCCUGGACCUGGUGCUGGCCAUGGACAACAAGCAGACCCGCCAGGCGAUGCAGUACUUUUGGAGAGUUCUGGACGUGCAAGGCAAGGGGCGCCUCACAAAUUCGACCAUUCACCUCUUCUUCCGAGACAUCGCGCGCGCUCUCGAGGAGGGUGGCUUCGAGACUCCCACCACCGAUGACGUCAAGGACGAGAUCUUCGACAUGGUCAAGCCGGCGGACCCUACCUUCAUCACCCUCGCCGACCUGCUGGCGAGCGGCGCCGGUCACACGGUGGUGACCAUGCUCGUCGACACGAACGGGUUCUGGACCUACGACAACCGAGAGAGCCUCGCCACGUGAUGGCAAACGAGCGAUCGAGGAAGUGCUGACCGAGGAGGGUCAUGUUGCUGUUUGACGAGCUUUUCGCACAUGGCAUCAUCCCCCUGUUUUGUGCCUGGGUGUUUGGGUUUGCAUCGAGCGCGCUGAGCGGCUGACCAAUGAAAAGACGUUGCGCCUUGCAGCGGAAUAAGAAACACCAGCACUUUCCAAUCAAAUAUGUAGAUAUGUGUGUGUCUUUAUUAUCGGCAUCGACCGCGGUAGCCGGCUGACAAAUGAAAAUACGACAGUUGUUGCGGGAUAAAAAACACGAACAUUUUCUAGUGAUAGAGUUGCUGACGACAGGGGGGGAGCGCAGGAGUUGAACGCCAGAUUCCUUCUUCUCACGUACCAUUUCUAUCAGACAACACAGUAGUGUGUGGGCCUGUAUUGUUAGCAUCGGCCGCGCCAACCGGCUGACCACUGAACAGAUAGAAGUCUCAGUGCGGUUGAAAAACAGCGCGUCUCAGACCGUUGUGUGUUUCAUGUGUGUGAUUCUUUUCUUCCUUUGAUCGGUGUCGGCUGUGUUAACCGCCUGACCAAUGAGAAAGGCGUCAGCCUUUAUGUGCGAAACGCCAAACAAACACGAGGGAGUGUUUGAUGAUGUGUUCCGGAAUGAAUACGUCGUUUGGGUUUGUGGGCUCUUGAUAGCUAAGGCCUACGGGGUUAAGUGCGCCCCCUAGAAGCGCGACUGCCAGUUAUCCGGUUGUACAUACAGGUAGCCCUUGUAUGUCGGGUUGAGGCGUUUUGGCCUGCUGUGUCACCGCCUCUUAUUUGUGUGUUUUUUCGGUGCCGGGAGGGGGCGUGAUUGCUUUCAUUCCUCUGGGUGGGUGUGGUCCCUUGG